ACAAUACAAUCCCUUUCAUUUCAUAACAAAAUCUUCAUAUUUUUUGUGUCGAUCCUUUAAAAUAUAAUGUUGGCUAUUUUCAAGAAACAUUUGGUUAAUGCACCAAAAGAACUCAGUAGCCCAUCACACGAUCAUCAUCAAAAUCAUCAUCCUUCGAACCAAUUCUUGAAUUCUAAUCCCAAUGCUUUCUCAUUUUCUUUUGGCAAUGAUGCUUCUUUCGCCUUCGACUCUUCCUCUCAACAAAGGUUGUUUAGUAGCAUGGAUGACAUUUAUUGCAUAUUCUUGGGAGGUCUAGACAACUUAUGCACCCUUAACAAGCAAUAUGGGCUAACAAAGCUCGCCAAUGAACCAAUGUUUGUGAUCCAAGCUUACAAGACCCUUCGUGAUCGUGGCCCAUACCCGGCCCACUCAGUCCUCAGGGAGAUGGAGGGUAGUUUUGGGUUUAUACUCUAUGAUCUCAAGGCUAAAACUGUCUUUGUCUCACUUGGUGCCGAUGGAGGAGUGAAGCUUUUCUGGGGCAUAGCGGCUGAUGGCUCGGUUGUAAUUUCUGACAACUUGAUGGUCAUAAAGUCUAGGUGCUCCAAGUCAUUUGCUCCCUUCCCAACCGGGUGUAUGUAUCAUACAGAAGGGGGAUUAAUGAGCUUUGAGCAUCCAAAGAACAAAAUGAAGGCAAUAUCGAGGGUUGAUAGUGAAGGAGUGAUGUGUGGUGCUACAUUUAAAGUUGAUGUGUAUUCAAAGACCACACAAGCAAUGCCUAGGGUUGGAAGUGAAGCUAAUUGGGCUACUUGGGGAUAAGGGGAAUGAUAAUUUCCUUUUGACUUUUUAUUGUAUAGAACUUUCAUCAUAGAUUUGUUACUUAUUUGAAAAAAAAAAAAAAAAAAAAAAAAAAAAAUGAUAUUUGUUUGUUUUUUCUGUUUUUGUUACUUUACUUU